AUGGCGCCCACUCGCCCUCCACAUCCCCGUCGGGCUUCCCCUCGCCCCUGGCCGAAACAGCAUCGUCGUCGUCAUCCCACUCACCGCGCUUCCUAUCCCCCCUAUGCGGCUGGCCUCGUCCCCCAGCGCAAUGGACCACAGCCCAACUCGCAACCGAUACGGGAGCGGCCGGUGUCCACCAGCCUGUACCAGCACCCCAACCUCUCCACCAGCUCCACCACCGCGCCGGGCACCUACCGAUACAACGAUGAGGCCAUGACCAUGGACGUCAGGCGCACAGCUAGCUCACGAGUCGCACCUGGCAACAUGCCGGCGCGAGAAGCCAGCAGGCGGGACCCCUAUCGCCAGUCGGCGCAGAUGUCGGCCAUGGGCGGCCCACUCCCUCCCCGUAGAAGCUCACGACGGAUACCCAUGGACGGCACGCCGCCAGUCAUGUCCCACUUGUCGAGCUCUCCCUACAGCAUCGAAGGCGGCCCGCUCUCCAGCACCGAGGAAUGGAAGGAAAAGGGCGCGGCGGUGAGCACAAGACAGGACAUGGACCAGAAUGGGAGGCCCAUCACGCGCGUGAUGAAGAAGGGAGUCAAGGACUUCAACUUUGGAAGAACAUUGGGCGAGGGAUCCUAUAGCACUGUCUUGGCAGCGACCGACCGCCAGACCCUGCGAGAGUACGCCAUCAAGGUGCUGGACAAGCGACACAUCAUCAAGGAGAAGAAGGUCAAAUACGUCAACAUUGAAAAGGACACGCUGAACCGACUGACGGAGCAUCCUGGCAUCGUCCGUCUAUACUACACGUUCCAAGACGAACGAUCGCUAUACUUUGUUUUGGACCUUGCAGCUGGUGGAGAGCUGUUGGGCUUUCUAAAAAAAAUGGGCACGUUCGAUGUCGAGUGCACAAGAUUUUACGGCGCGCAAAUACUGGAUGCCAUCGACUAUAUGCACAACAAGGGCGUCAUACACCGCGACUUGAAGCCUGAAAACGUGUUGCUCGACGAUGCAAUGCACGUCAAGAUUACCGAUUUUGGCACAGCAAAGAUACUAGACCAGAGGAAACCCAAUGGUGUAGGCUCGACCACUGGUGAUCCAUUAGAAGGCGUCGACUCGGAUCGUGCGCAAUCCUUUGUCGGGACUGCAGAGUAUGUCUCGCCCGAGCUGCUCACGGAUAAGAACGCGUGCAAAGCAAGCGAUUUGUGGGCUUUUGGAUGCAUCAUCUACCAGUUGCUCGCUGGGCGGCCUCCGUUCAAGGCUGCAAACGAAUAUCAAACGUUUCAGAAGAUUGUUGGCUUGGAAUAUACAUUCCCAGACGGUUUCCCACCACACGCAAAGGAUCUGGUGGAACGACUACUCGUUCUGGAUCCAUUGACGCGAUUGCCAAUGGAACACAUCAAGAACCAUGCCUUCUUCGAGGGUAUCGUGUGGGGUAAAGGGCUGUGGAAACAAAAGGCUCCGAGACUAAAGUCUUACACUCCACCAGCGCAGGAGCCCAUUAAGCUCAACGGUAAUUAUGCCGCUCCGCUUUCGAGUACUCGUCUCAUUGGUAAUUCAGCGUCAGGUCCAUCAGAAACACGUGCUGUGCCUUCGAGCAGCGCGCAGCCCCGACCCAAGCCACGACUCAUCACUGAACUGCCACCACCCUCUCAGCUCGACAUUGACUGGUCCCCGGUACUUACGAAGAGGGAUGAACGUAUUCUCAAGCUCGGCAACUUCAUGAUCACCCAGCACCCAGCAGGGCACCCUGUCGGUGGGAAGGAGGAACCCAUUGAGGCCCCCAAGAAGUUUUCGCGCUUCUUUGGCGGAAACACGAUUAAGAAGCGAUCAAGACUUGUCAUGAUCACCUCGAAUGCUCGCGUCUUGAUGUGCGCCACCGGUACCAAUGAUAAGAAACUCAAAGAGGAGAUUUCUUUACUUGGUGCCGGUUGUUCAUGGAGAUCCUUCCAAGAUUCAAAGGGCCUGACUGCCUGGCUCGUGGAAACACGAGAGAAGCAAUUCGUCUUUGAAGACCCAAAGAGUACUACUAGCGAUCCUGAUGGCAGCAAAUACUCGAGCCAAGAAUGGCUCGAUAGCAUCGAACAAGCUCGAGACUAUGCCUUUUCACAAACUAUGCAAAAUUCAUAUACCAGCGAUGCCGCCCUGAACGACCUAGGCUCAAAUCUGCCUAGCCCAACGAGUACUCUUGGAGCAGACUCUGCUCUCGAUGGCGUCAACAUACCUGCAUCACGACACGGCCAUCUCCAAAAAAUCCAUGGCGACACGGAGUCUCUAAAGGGGAGGAAACGUUUCAGCAAGCGCCACUCCAAAAAUGGCCUCGCUAACUUCUAG